AUGGGUGAACAAAAACAUGAGCGAGGGGGAAUUAGAAUUGCCAUUGAUCGUGGUGGAACCUUCACCGACUGUGUGGGAAAUCCAGGCACAGGGAAGAUGGAAGAUGAUGUGAUUAUCAAGCUUCUAUCUGAGGACCCUUCCAAUUACGAUGAUGCCCCUCUGGAAGGUAUCAGGCGGCUCAUGUCCAAAUUUCUCAACAAAGAUAUCCCUCGUGGAGAAACUUUAGAUACGUCAGAAAUUGAAUCCAUUCGAAUGGGAACCACGGUAGCUACGAACGCAUUGCUGGAAAGAAAAGGUGAAAAGAUCGCUAUGGUGGUCACUAAGGGGUUUAAAGACUGCCUGGGAAUUGGCAAUCAAUCAAGACCCAAGAUUUUUGAUCUAGCGAUCAAGAAACCAGACGUUUUGUACGAACAUGUAGUGGAGAUUGAUGAACGGGUUACCUUGGAAGAUUACGCUGAAGAUCCGGAACGAAAUAUCACCAAGGUUGAACCCGGCGGUGCACAAGAUCAGAAUCUGGUGCAGGGUUUAUCUUCCGAAGCGGUACGCAUUUUGCAGCGUCCGGAAGAGCAAACUAUUCGAUCGCAGUUGCAGGAGGUGUUCGAUAAAGGUAUCAAGAGUAUAGCAGUUUGUUUGAUGCAUGGCUAUACCUUCCCUGAUCAUGAAGCCUUGGUUGGUAAAAUUGCGAAAGAGAUCGGAUUUGAGCAUGUAUCUCUCAGUCAUGAACUGAUGCCUAUGAUUAAAUUGGUUCCGAGAGCCACGUCAGCAUGCGCGGAUGCAUACUUAACACCAGCAAUCAAAAAAUAUAUAGCUGGCUUUUCCAAAGGAUUUGAGGGCGGUCUUGGAGCGGAAAGUGUAAAAAAUGAAAAGGGAGCUAAAGGGGCCCGGUGCGAAUUUAUGCAAAGCGAUGGUGGCCUGGUAGAUGUGGACAAUUUCUCUGGUCUUAAAGCAAUUCUGUCCGGACCAGCUGGUGGAGUUGUUGGAUAUGCACUUACAUCAUAUGAUCCUGAGACUAAAAUACCAGUAAUUGGUUUCGAUAUGGGUGGUACUUCUACCGAUGUUUCUCGAUAUGGUUCAGGAAGAUACGAGCAUGUAUUUGAGACCACUACAGCCGGUGUGACUAUCCAGUCUCCUCAACUCGACAUCAAUACCGUAGCUGCGGGUGGUGGUUCUCGUUUAUUUUUCAAGAAUGGUUUAUUUGUUGUUGGACCAGAAUCAGCCGGUGCACACCCAGGGCCUGCAUGCUAUCGCAAAGGAGGUCCAGCUGCAGUGACCGAUGCGAAUCUCUUCCUGGGUAGACUUGUUCCUGAUUUCUUUCCAAAGAUCUUUGGAAAAAAUGAAGAUGAAGGCCUUGAUGUUACGGCGAGUGAGAGGCUACUUCAGGAAUUAGCCGAGCAAAUUAACAGGGAAAUGGGCAAGAACAUGACUGCUGAUGAGGUUGCUCAUGGAUUCUUAACUGUUGCGAAUGAAGCAAUGACCCGACCUAUUAGAUCCAUGACGGAAGCAAAGGGUCAUGAUACGUCCAAGCACCGUCUAGCAACCUUUGGUGGUGCUGGUGGACAGCAUGCGGUUGCCAUUGCUGAGAGCUUGGGAAUUCGUCAAAUACUUGUUCAUCGCUAUUCAUCCGUACUAUCAGCGUAUGGUAUGGCUUUGGCUGAUGUAGUGGACGAGAAACAGGAGCCAGAGUCCAAGGUAUGGAGUGAUGAUGGGAAAUCACGCGCUUACUUGAAAAAUAAAAUAGAAGAGCUCAAACAAAAGUCAACCGAUGCUCUAAAGGCACAGGGCUUCCAGGAUAACUCUAUUGUUCACGAGGAAUAUCUGAAUAUGAGAUACCGCGGAACUGAAUCUGCGUUGAUGGUUGUGAAGCCGGAGAAGCAAGAUGUAGCGGAAUUUGGUGGUGAUGAAUGGGCUUACGGAAAAGCUUUUAUCAAGCAGCAUCAACAAGAAUUCGGCUUCACUUUACCCGACAGAGAUAUCAUUGUGGAUGAUGUCCGAGUUCGUGGUAUUGGAAAGAGUUUUGAGGGACUUGAAAAGACUGUUGAUCAGCAAUUAAAGGAGAUUAAACCUAGUGAUGUUGAGACUGGCAAGAAAGAGUACAAGAGAUCUCAAGUCUAUUUUGAAGGGGGCCGACAAGAUACCCCUAUCUACAAACUGGAAGAUCUUGAUGUUGGUGAUCGAAUCAAGGGACCGGCAAUUCUUGCGGAUGGAACACAAACCAUUGUUAUCACUCCAAAUGCAACUGCAUUGGUAAUUGAGACGCACGUAGUCAUUAACAUUGGUGAAAAUCAAGGCAAAGACAAACCCUCGGCGAAAGAUGGAACAGAAUCAGUAGAUCCUAUCAUGCUCAGUAUCUUUGCUCACAGAUUUAUGGCCAUUGCUGAGCAAAUGGGUAGAGCUCUUCAAAAAACUAGUGUCAGCACGAAUGUCAAGGAGAGACUUGACUAUUCAUGUGCAUUGUUUGACUCUACUGGAGGACUGGUAGCUAAUGCGCCACAUCUUCCAGUCCAUCUGGGUUCAAUGUCUACCUGUGUUAAGCGACAAGCUGAAAUAUGGAAAGGAAAGCUUGUCAAAGGAGACGUCAUAGUAUCCAAUCAUCCUGAAUAUGGAGGAACGCAUCUUCCAGACAUUACCGUCAUUACUCCUGCCUUCAACACCGCCGGUGACAAGAUUCUUUUCUACGUCGCUGCCAGAGCUCAUCAUGCUGAUAUCGGUGGUAUCCUUCCUGGUAGUAUGCCUCCACAUUCAAGAGAAUUAUACCAGGAAGGAGCUGCAAUCAAGUCGGAGAAACUCGUCAGCGCAGGUCGCUUCAAUGAGGAAAGAAUAACUCAGCUUCUUCUUGACGAACCUGCACAACACCAAGGAUGCAGUGGUACCCGAUGCUUAGCAGAUAACAUCUCCGAUCUCAAAGCUCAGAUUUCUAGCAAUAUGAAGGGAAUCAACCUCAUCAGUGCUUUGAUCGAGGAGUAUGGUGAGGAUGUGGUGAACUUCUACAUGGUUAAUAUUCAGAACAAUGCAGAACUCAGCGUGAGAAAUCUCUUGAAGGAUGUUAGCAAGCGAUUUGAAGGUCAAGAUUUAUCGGCAAUCGAUUAUAUGGAUGAUGGUAGCCCGAUCCAAUUGAAAAUCACCAUUGAUGCCGAUAAAGGAGAAGCUAUUUUCGACUUUGAAGGAACAGGUCCAGAAGUAUACGGAAAUACCAACGCACCCCAAGCUGUAACCUACAGCGCAAUAAUCUACUGUCUCCGCAGCCUAAUAAGCGAAGACAUACCCCUAAACCAAGGAUGUCUCAAACCAAUCACCGUCCUCAUCCCUCCUAAAUCCUUCCUCUCCCCCUCGGACAAAGCCGCCGUCGUAGGCGGCAACGUCCUCACCUCGCAACGCGUCACAGACGUAAUUCUCAAAGCCUUCCGCGCAUGCGCCGCCUCCCAAGGCGACUGCAACAACCUCACCUUCGGCUUCGGCGGCAACGUCGACGGCCAAAAACACGUCCGCGGUUUUGGAUACUACGAGACGAUUGCCGGGGGCAGCGGAGCAGGAAGAAAUUGGGAUGGAACAAGCGGUGUUCACACCCACAUGACGAAUACGCGCAUCACAGACGCGGAAGUAUUCGAGCGACGCUAUCCGGUUCUGUUGCGGGAAUUCUCGCUCAGGGCUGGUAGUGGAGGGAAUGGUAAACAUAGGGGUGGUGAUGGCGUCGUGCGCGAUAUCGAGUUUAGAAUCCCAGUGCAAGUUUCUAUUCUAAGCGAAAGGAGGGUGUACAAACCGUAUGGACUUGAGGGCGGUGAGGACGCGAAAUGCGGUCUUAAUAUUUGGGUGAGGAAGGUAGAGUGUACUGAUAGGGGAAGAUCGGAUUUAUUGUUACAGAGUGCCUCUGCGGAUAAGGAUAAGCAUAGAAAAGAGAUAGAAGAAGAAGAGAAACAAUACGAAGAAAGAAGAAUCAAUCUCGGAGGAAAAAAUACAGCAGCAAUGCAGAAGGGCGAGAGGAUUAUUAUUCAUACGCCUGGUGGUGGGGGAUGGGGGAGAGUAGGUGAGAAGAGGGAGGUGGGUGAGAGGUGGGAUCCGAGGGCUGCGUGGAAGGGGGGUAGUUAUGCUAGUAGGGAGGAGAUGGCUUUGCAGGCUUAG